CACAUCCCUAACCCCACCUGGUACUGAUUGAUUAGUCAUGGGGGUAGACCUGAUACUGAUUGAUUAGUCAUGGGGGUAGACCUGGUACUGAUUGAUUAGUCAUGGAGGUAGACCUGAUACUGAUUGAUUAGCCAUAGGGGUAGAUCUGAUACUGAUUGAUUAGUCAUGGGGGUAGACCUGAUACUGAUUGAUUAGUCAUGGGGGUAGACCUGAUACUGAUUGAUUAGUCAUGGGGAUAGGCCUGGUACUGAUGGGAUGAAGGUUCUGUAUCAGAUGGGAUGGAGGUUCUGUAUCAGAUGGGAUGAAGGUUCUGUAUCAGAUGGGAUGAAGGUUCUCUAUCAGAUGGGAUGGAGGUUCUGUAUCAGAUGGGAUGAAGCUUCUGUUUCAGAUGGGAUGGAAGGUUAUCUAUCUGAUGGGAUGAAGGUUCUGUAUCAGAUGGGAUGGAAGGUUCUGGAUCUGAUGGGAUGAAGGUUCUGUAUCAGAUGGGAUGGAAGGUUCUGAAUCAGAUGGGAUGGAAGGUUAUCUAUCAGAUGGGAUGGAGGUUCUGUAUCAGAUGGGAUGGAAGGUUCUGAAUCAGAUGGGAUGGAAGGUUAUCUAUCAGAUGGGAUGACGGUUCUGUAUCAGAUGGGAUGGAAGGUUCUCUAUCCGAUGGGAUGGAGGUUCUGUAUCAGAUGGGAUGGAAGGUUAUCUAUCAGAUGGGAUGGAAGGUUAUCUAUCAGAUGGGAUGGAAGGUUAUCUAUCCGAUGGGAUGGAGGUUCUCUAUCAGAUGGGAUGGAAGGUUAUCUAUCCGAUGGGCUGAAGGUUCUGAAUCAGAUGGGAUGAAGGUUCUGAAUCAGAUGGGAUGAAGGUUCUGAAUCAGAUGGGAUGGAAGGUUAUCUAUCCGAUGGGAUGGAGGUUCUGUAUCAGAUGGGAUGGAAGGUUAUCUAUCAGAUGGGAUGGAAGGUUAUCUAUCAGAUGGGAUGGAAGGUUAUCUAUCAGAUGGGAUGGAAGGUUAUCUAUCAGAUGGGAUGGAAGGUUCUGUAUCAGAUGGGAUGGAGGUUCUCUAUCAGAUGGGAUGGAAGGUUAUCUAUCAGAUGGGAUGGAGGUUCUCUAUCAGAUGGGAUGGAAGGUUCUGUAUCAGAUGGGAUGGAAGGUUAUCUAUCAGAUGGGAUGGAGGUUCUGUAUCAGAUGGGAUGGAGGUUCUCUAUCAGAUGGGAUGGAGGUUCUCUAUCAGAUGGGAUGGAAGGUUAUCUAUCAGAUCGGAUGGAAGGUUAUCUAUCAGAUCGGAUGGAAGGUUAUCUAUCAGAUGGGAUGGAAGGUUAUCUAUCCGAUGGGAUGGAAGGUUAUCUAUCAGAUGGGAUGGAAGGUUAUCUAUCAGAUGGGAUGGAAGGUUAUCUAUCAGAUCGGAUGGAAGGUUAUCUAUCAGAUGGGAUGGAAGGUUAUCUAUCCGAUGGGAUGGAAGGUUAUCUAUCAGAUCGGAUGGAAGGUUAUCUAUCAGAUGGGAUGGAAGGUUAUCUAUCCGAUGGGAUGGAAGGUUAUCUAUCAGAUGGGAUGGAAGGUUAUCUAUCAGAUGGGAUGGAAGGUUAUCUAUCAGAUCGGAUGGAAGGUUAUCUAUCAGAUGGGAUGGAAGGUUAUCUAUCCGAUGGGAUGGAAGGUUAUCUAUCAGAUCGGAUGGAAGGUUAUCUAUCAGAUGGGAUGGAAGGUUAUCUAUCAGAUGGGAUGGAAGGUUAUCUAUCAGAUGGGAUGGAAGGUUAUCUAUCAGAUCGGAUGGAAGGUUAUCUAUCAGAUCGGAUGGAAGGUUAUCUAUCAGAUGGGAUGGAAGGUUAUCUAUCAGAUGGGAUGGAGGUUCUCUAUCAGAUGGGAUGGAAGGUUAUCUAUCAGAUGGGAUGGAGGUUCUCUAUCAGAUGGGAUGGAAGGUUAUCUAUCAGAUGGGAUGGAAGGUUAUCUAUCCGAUGGGAUGGAAGGUUAUCUAUCAGAUGGGAUGGAAGGUUCUCUAUCCGAUGGGAUGGAAGGUUAUCUAUCAGAUGGGAUGGAAGGUUAUCUAUCAGAUGGGAUGGAAGGUUAUCUAUCCGAUGGGAUGGAAGGUUAUCUAUCAGAUGGGAUAGAAGGUUAUCUAUCAGAUGGGAUGGAAGGUUAUCUAUCAGAUGGGAUGGAAGGUUAUCUAUCAGAUGGGAUGAAGGUUCUGUAUCAGAUGGGAUGGAAGGUUAUCUAUCAGAUCGGAUGGAAGGUUAUCUAUCAGAUCGGAUGGAAGGUUAUCUAUCAGAUCGGAUGGAAGGUUAUCUAUCAGAUGGGAUGGAAGGUUAUCUAUCAGAUGGGAUGGAAGGUUAUCUAUCAGAUGGGAUGGAAGGUUAUCUAUCAGAUGGGAUGGAAGGUUAUCUAUCUGAUGGGAUGGAAGGUUCUCUAUCCGAUGGGAUGGAAGGUUAUCUAUCAGAUGGGAUGGAAGGUUAUCUAUCAGAUGGGAUGGAAGGUUCUCUAUCCGAUGGGAUGGAAGGUUAUCUAUCAGAUGGGAUGGAAGGUUAUCUAUCUGAUGGGAUGGAAGGUUCUCUAUCCGAUGGGAUGGAAGGUUAUCUAUCAGAUCGGAUGGAAGGUUAUCUAUCAGAUGGGAUGGAAGGUUAUCUAUCCGAUGGGAUGGAAGGUUAUCUAUCUGAUGGGAUGGAAGGUUCUCUAUCCGAUGGGAUGGAAGGUUAUCUAUCUGAUGGGAUGGAAGGUUAUCUAUCAGAUGGGAUGGAAGGUUCUCUAUCCGAUGGGAUGGAGGUUCUCUAUCAGAUGGGAUGGAGGUUCUCUAUCAGAUGGGAUGGAAGGUUAUCUAUCCGAUGGGAUGGAGGUUCUGUAUCAGAUGGGAUGGAAGGUUAUCUAUCAGAUGGGAUGGAAGGUUAUCUAUCAGAUGGGAUGGAAGGUUAUCUAUCAGAUGGGAUGGAAGGUUAUCUAUCAGAUGGGAUGGAAGGUUAUCUAUCAGAUGGGAUGGAAGGUUCUGUAUCAGAUGGGAUGGAAGGUUAUCUAUCAGAUCGGAUGGAAGGUUAUCUAUCAGAUCGGAUGGAAGGUUAUCUAUCAGAUGGGAUGGAAGGUUAUCUAUCAGAUGGGAUGGAAGGUUAUCUAUCCGAUGGGAUGGAAGGUUAUCUAUCCGAUGGGAUGGAAGGUUAUCUAUCAGAUGGGAUGGAAGGUUCUCUAUCCGAUGGGAUGGAAGGUUAUCUAUCAGAUGGGAUGGAAGGUUAUCUAUCCGAUGGGAUGAAGGUUCUCUAUCAGAUCGGAUGGAAGGUUAUCUAUCAGAUGGGAUGGAAGGUUAUCUAUCAGAUGGGAUGGAAGGUUAUCUAUCAGAUGGGAUGGAAGGUUAUCUAUCAGAUGGGAUGGAAGGUUAUCUAUCUGAUGGGAUGGAGGUUAUCUAUCAGAUGGGAUGGAAGGUUCUGUAUCAGAUGGGAUGGAAGGUUAUCUAUCAGAUCGGAUGGAAGGUUAUCUAUCAGAUCGGAUGGAAGGUUAUCUAUCAGAUGGGAUGGAAGGUUAUCUAUCCGAUGGGAUGGAAGGUUAUCUAUCCGAUGGGAUGGAAGGUUAUCUAUCAGAUGGGAUGGAAGGUUAUCUAUCAGAUGGGAUGGAAGGUUAUCUAUCCGAUGGGAUGGAAGGUUAUCUAUCAGAUGGGAUGGAAGGUUAUCUAUCCGAUGGGAUGGAAGGUUAUCUAUCAGAUGGGAUGGAAGGUUCUCUAUCCGAUGGGAUGGAGGUUCUCUGUACCAAAUGAAUUGGGGGGUUCGACUCUGCCAUGAGGGUUUUGCAAACCGAUGGGAUUUGGUUUCUCUACCAAACAAGGGUCAGGUAUCGAACUCACGAGG